AUGACAGGUGGCGCUCCGAUAGGAGCCGACGACGACCGGUGUCCGGCGGCCGAUUCGCACAACAUCGCGUUGACCGUUGGCUCGUUUGUGGCAGCUGCAUUAUUGACGUGGUGGCUGAGGUGUGUAUGUGGGUAUGCCUAUCGGGGGGUGGUCUUCUACCACCCACGAAGCGAAAUGGCCCAGUGGACAGAUCCAUCGCGAACUUUUCUAAUUCAAGAGGUUCGAGGACGUCGGGUGCUAUGGGACACCACCGUGAACGAUUCGAAUAUCAAAAGUGCUAAAGCGGCAGCUUUUGCCGAAAUCGCGAAUGUGAUGAAUGAAGCAUUUCCGUCAAGCACUAAGUACACAGUUUCAGCAGAAGAUAUUCGAUCACAAUGGAAAAACCUCAAGGACACGUUUGUACGGAAGCUACGAUGGGUUUCUGAGGGAAAAUACACAGACGAUCCCCUCAAGGAACCAACCUGGAAGUUCUAUCGUAUGCUGUCGUUUCUGGAUGAUAAGGAGUCUAAACGACUGUCCAACGACCAUCCGAUAUUCGACAUUGCGGCACUCCAGAGAGACCAUGGGUUGGAUCUGGUGAAAAGUGAGCUUCAUCACAUCCAAUAUGAUGGCAGUAAUCAAAGUGCUGCAUCAAGUGAGGAACAGAUGCUGUCCCUGUUCGCUCAGGUGGGAUCCUACUCUACGGCAGAAAAGCCUCCCACACAGCUCGAUUCACCGCCUUCGCCUGCUUUACCACCAGUUUCUAGUGCUGAUACCACAGCCGCUGAUAAUAUAGGAACAAAGAGUAAUGCUGCCUAUGCACACUCGAUGGACGAGGAGGAGGAACCGAGACGGAAACGAGCGUACCACCGCCGGCAUCCCCUCACGUCUCAACCUCAACAGGACGAGUUUGAAUUGUUCGGAGCGAUAGUUGCUGCUCAACUACGCAGAGUUUCGGACGAGUUUUCACGUGCUGCCUCUCUACGACUACAGAAGAAACUAAAUGACGUUAUUUUCGAGUCUCAAAUGGAACUGCUCGAAAAUGGGAAUUAG